AUGAGCACCUCCCUGCAGCCUGCAGCCAUGCCUUCGUCCGUGCGCUGCAGCCUCCUGAUCCUCUGCGCGUCCCUCGCCGGAGCCUCGCUGGCGGAGAUCGUGUUCCGCUGCCCGGGCUGCACCGCGGAGCGCCAGGCUCUGUGCGCGGCUCCCACCGAGACGUGCGCGGAGAUCGUGCGCGAACCGGGCUGCGGGUGCUGCCCCGUGUGCGCCCGGCAAGAGGGCGAGACGUGCGGCGUGUACACCCCGAGGUGCGCCACCGGGCUGCGGUGCUACCCGACGCCCGACUCCGAGCUGCCCCUGGAGCAGCUGGUGCAGGGCGAGGGGCAGUGCCGGCGCAAAGUGGACCCGGAGACCAGCACCCACAGCCAGGAGCACCGGGAGCCCACCAGCGGUGAGGCCGUGGAGCCGCUGCCCGAGCAGGGCGUCAGCGAGGUGCCGGCCGUGCGGAAGCCCACGAAGGAGGCCACGUGGCUGGGGCCCAAGGAGAGCGCCGUGCGGCAGCACCGGCAGGAGAUGAAGACCAAGAUGAAGACCAACAAGGUGGAGGAGGUGAAGCCGGCUCGGCCCAAACAGACCCAGUGUCAGCAGGAGCUGGACCAGGUCCUGGAGCGGAUAUCUAAGAUGCCCUUCAGAGAUAACCGAGGGCCCCUGGAGGACCUGUACGCCAUGCACAUCCCCAACUGCGACAAGAGGGGGCAGUAUAACCUCAAACAGUGCAAGAUGUCCCUUCACGGCCAGCGGGGCGAGUGCUGGUGCGUGAACCCCCACACCGGCCGACCCAUCCCCUCCUCCCCCACCGUGAGGGGCGACCCCAACUGCAGCCAGUACCUCCCGGAGCUGGAGCUGGAGCUGCCCGACACGGCCCAGAUAUAGAACCCUCAGAAAACCCAGAGGAACCUGGGGAACGGAGAAGGUCUGAGUAAGCUACAUGUUCCCUGUGUGCGUUUCCACAGGGACUUUUGAAACAGGAUUAGAAUCCGUCAGAUUAAUUUAGAGACAAGGCUCCUCCUCCUCCUCCUCCUCCUCCUCCUCCUCCUCGUAGAUCUCGGGCCGGAGCGUCUUUGCUUUACUAACUGUGGCUGUGCUCAGAUUGUGUGUUUUGUACCGUGUGUGUUGAUAGACUCAACUUGUGUCUUCGUGUCCUGACCUGCAGACGAGGCCUCGUGUCAAACUGAUCCGAGUUCAGCUUUAAACUGACAUGUUGGUGCUGUGGGGGGGGGGGGACUUUAGACUGCCUAGUGAUUAACAGAGUUUAAAACAUGUGUAGGAUUGUCAUAGACUCAGUUUGUGCCUGUGUUUUUUAUCUGAAGUUGUGCUGCUGCACUUUUCAAUAAAGAAAACUAAUAACUUUA